GCAAAAAUAAUUCGUGAAACUUAUUUUUCUAAAUCAAAGUAAACUUUGCCAGCGCUGAAAGAAUAUGAAAAAUAUUUGAAGAAUUCUCACUACAAUAAAACACGCAGCAUUCAAAAUGGUGAAUUGUUUCAGUGAACAAAAAGCAAUCAAAAUUCCAAAUUUCAGUCACUUUAGGCGAUCGUUUCUGUACACACCCUGCAACUGUCCGGUAGCUGAAUGUAGCUUUUCGGCGCCGGAAAGUCCGGCCUCAACUCCGGCACGAAAGUACAAAACAUCACGUCGAAUUCGUAAACUGGCAAGGGCCAAAUACUGCGGUGCCAAGUUCCAUCAACGCCCUGUUAGCCAAUAUGGUCGAACAAUUCAGAUGAUUCGCUCCUACAAGGAACCGAUUGCCUCCAAUCGGCUACAGCAGCUGGCCGUUCCGAAAGUCCGCAAGUUGAUAGCGGCUCGGGAGGAGUACAAGCGAUUCUUGAAUCGCUGUUGGUACGAUCGAUUUAGUAAGCGAAUUAAGCGCAGCAUGUUCACCGUAUACAGCCGCUUAGCCAAUGUUCAGUUACCACCAGAGGUCGCGAAAACAUCGAAAAUGACUCCGGAGCAGUGGCAGCAUCACAAACAGUGGCUAGCGGUUAACGCACGCCCCAAACAGGUUAAACAAUCAAAACCAAAGCCACGAAAGCGUAUGACUUAUUCCCAACUUCUCGAGCGCAUCAUAAACCUCUCGACACCUCGCUGGGAAAGGGAAAAGUACUCCGGUCCUCCCAAAUUGCAGCCCGUCAAAGCGAGCGCUUUGAAAGCGGUACCAACCGCGAGACUGAUGGAGCUUUGCAUCCCCAAAGAAAGACACCGACGUGCUAAAGGACCUAUCAAGGAAGACCUCAGAAUACCUGAAGAGGUUUUGAAAGCAAAUGCUUCCGAAAGGGUUGUGGAACUUUCGAAACAUAAGGUCUAUAAAAACGUUAAAAAGGAAUAUCGUGAAAAUCCGUUCACUGUGGAACCUCGGGCGCUGAAAGCAAAACCGAGUGAUCGCAUUUUGGAACUGGCAAAACCGAAGGCCAAGAAGUAGUUCUUUGGUAAAAUUAAAAAAAAAGAGAAGCACGAUUAUUCAAACUUUUUAUUGCAAAUUUGCUAGAAAUUAAAUA